AUGGCGACUAAAAUGACGGCCAUACGGCCUGGCUCCAGUGCCAUUCGCUCUUUGUCCAGAAGGAGACCUUCGUGCUCCCGGUCCUUUUCCUCCACUGCUCCGGCAGCGGCUCUGUCGCCUUACCGAAAAUCCCAAAAACCCUCUCCCGAGCAGGCAAGAAGACCGGCGACGACUGCUGCCGCUCAAGCACAAACCACUCGACCCAUCCCCAGUCCCGCCUUCAACAACGACUUCCGCCGAAAUGAGCCCUCACCUUUGGUCAACAGGCAAGUGCCUGAGCUCGACGACUCGUUUGUCGGGCUCAGCGGCGGAGAAAUCUUCCACGAAAUGAUGCUGCGACAGGGUGUCAAGCACAUCUUUGGCUACCCGGGCGGCGCCAUCCUUCCAGUUUUCGAUGCCAUUUACAACUCAAAACACUUUGAUUUUAUUCUGCCCAAGCACGAACAAGGUGCGGGGCACAUGGCAGAGGGCUAUGCCAGAGCGUCCGGGAAACCUGGCGUCGUCCUUGUGACUUCCGGCCCCGGCGCAACAAACGUCGUAACCCCAAUGCAAGAUGCGCUCUCCGAUGGGACACCCAUGGUCGUAUUCUGCGGCCAGGUCCCCACCACCGCGAUUGGCACGGAUGCUUUUCAAGAAGCUGAUGUGGUUGGCAUCUCAAGAGCAUGCACAAAGUGGAAUGUUAUGGUCAAGAAUGUGGCUGAGCUGCCCAAGAGAAUAAAAGAAGCCUUUGAAAUCGCAACUUCGGGCCGACCAGGUCCCGUCCUCGUCGAUCUGCCCAAGGAUGUCACAGCGGGAAUCUUGCGGAGACCCAUCCCGAUGCAGUCAACCCUGCCCUCACAUCCUUCAGCCGCCACCCUAGCUGCCAGAGAGCUCUCUCGGAAACAGUUGGAGGACACCAUCGCCCGUGCGGCCGACCUUAUCAAUAUUGCAAAGAAGCCACUGAUCUAUGCGGGUCAGGGCAUCUUGGGCGCUCCCGAGGGUCCGAAGCUCCUCAAAGAAUUGGCCGACAAGGCCUGUAUCCCCGUCACGACGACUUUACAAGGUCUCGGCGGAUUCGACGAGCUUGAUCCCAAAUCUUUACAUAUGCUCGGUAUGCACGGCGCGGCCUAUGCCAACAUGGCGAUGCAAGAGGCCGACCUCAUCAUCGCCCUGGGAGCUCGCUUUGACGACCGAGUCACCCUCAACGUCGCCAAAUUCGCCCCGGAAGCGAAGAAGGCCGCGGCCGAGAAACGAGGAGGUAUUGUGCACUUUGAAAUCAUGCCCAAGAACAUCAACAAGGUUGUGCAAGCGACUGAAGCUGUCGAGGGCGAUGUGACGACCAAUCUGGGCGAACUUGUCCCCAAAGUCAAGGCGGUCCAAGAUCGGCCUGAAUGGUUUGCACAGAUCAACGACUGGAAAAAGCGAUUCCCAUUGAAUAGCUACGAAAAGGAGACGCCUGAUGGCCUGAUCAAGCCGCAAACCUUGAUCGAGAAGCUCUCAGACCUGACCGCUCCCAGGAAAGAGAAGACGAUUAUCGCCACCGGUGUCGGCCAACAUCAAAUGUGGGCCGCUCAGCACUUCCGCUGGCGGUAUCCCCGGACCAUGAUCACCUCAGGAGGCCUUGGCACGAUGGGUUACGGCCUCCCGGCUGCCAUUGGCGCGAAAGUUGCACGGCCAGACGCCCUUGUUGUGGACAUUGACGGUGACGCCUCUUUCAAUAUGACCUUGACCGAACUCAGCACGGCCAGUCAGUUCCAGAUCGGCGUCAAGAUUAUCGUCUUGAAUAACGAGGAACAAGGCAUGGUCACGCAAUGGCAGAGUCUCUUUUAUGAAGACAGAUUCGCCCAUACACACCAGAAGAACCCCGAUUUUGUGAAGCUCUCGGAGGCCAUGGGCGUGCCGGCACGGAGAUGUUUGAAGCCCGCUGAUGUGGAAGAGAGUUUACGGUGGUUGAUCGAGGGUAGUGGAGAGGGCCCAGCGCUCCUAGAGGUUAUCACAGACAAGAAGGUGCCGGUGCUGCCGAUGGUGCCGGCAGGCAAGGCAUUGCAUGAGUUCUUGGUGUAUGAUGAAGCGAAAGAAAAGGAGCGGAGAGCGGUGAUGAAGCAACGGUCGGGACAUUAA